CAAAAAUCAGUAAUGCUCAUAUUUGAGUUUGAGAACCCCUUUUCAAUGUAAAUAUUUCUCAAAUUCCUCUUACCUCCUAACAAACAGUAGUAUUGACAUUCUGGGGCUUCAUAAAUUCAGAAAACAUAAUGACUAGUAGAUAUUAUAAUUUUAUGCUUUUGAAUUUAUUAGAAUUGUUUUAAUGAUAACAGCUUCUACAUUUCAAUGUAAAUAUUUCUCAAAUUCCUCCUACCUCCUAAUAAACAAUAGUAUUGACAUUCUGGAGCUUCAUAAAUUCAGAAAACAUAAUGACUAGUUCGUAUUAUAAUUUCACGCUUUUGAAUUUACUGGAAUUGUUUUAAUGAUAACAGCUUCUACAUACGUUUAAUAAUAAUACAUAUGUAAAAAACAAAAUAAUGAUGAUAGCUAAUAUUUUGGGCCUCAACAUAUACUAGUGUUUUUAUAUGCAUUUUAUUUAAUUUAAAAAAAUCUUCAAGGAAUCAGGUAGACCUCCGUUUAAAUUUAGGCUCUACCAUUUGUAGCUGCUAGAAGUUUGAUUUAUAUAACCUUUCAUUGCUAAAACGGGUCAGAUUCAGAACCAGCCUCUUCAGGGUAACUGUGAGGAUUAAGAAAAUCACAACAGCCGAAGUGCUUUACAGUGUAUCUGGCAUAAAACAAACUCUGAGAACAUUUAAAAAAAAAUCUUUUCAAGGUAGGCAGUAUUAUUCCUUCCCCCUCAUUUCAUAGAUGGGGCAAUUAAGGCUCAGAAAGGCACGUCGCUUGUCCAGGAUCUUGGAGUGGUGGAAUUAGGAUAGGGCAUUCUGGACUACAAUAAACACCUGAGCGUUUAGCGGCUGUGUUCUGAGCUCCCACAGCACUUUUUCUUACAACACAAACUUUAUUUACAUCACACUCCACUUCCCCAUCCUUCACUAAAAUAUGAGCUCUUCAAGGGCAGGGGCUAUAUUUUUGCUACCUCAGUACUUAGCGACACACACACAGAAUAUGAGGAAAAAGUGUCUGACAAACGAUCAAUGCACUCACGACUGAACCUACGGUGGCAAAUUGCAGUGGGAUAGAAGAGCUUUAUCUGAAUUGCAUACUGAGAUGCAGACUUACUAUUUUGGGAACAAUUUGUUUUUGUUGUUGAAACCCAGAAUGCAAUUCUUCUUUUUACCUUUAUUUUGCUUAAAAAGUUAUUCCAUAAUUAUAAACUGCGUAAAACUAGAAGGCCCUUGCACUCAACUAAAACUGACAGGUGUUUUACCUUUCCAGUCAGGCACAUUGAAGGCCUUAUGACUUUAUUGAUUUUUGUUUUUUAAAGGGAGGACCUGCCAAUUUACUAAUCUUAAUGGAGCCGUAACAGGAGAGUAUAAAUAAAAAGAUAAUUCAGAGAAAAUUUACUGAAAUUAAGUUUGGAUUAAAAUCAUCUGGCUCUUUUAAGGAAAAAGGACAUUUAACCAAAAGUGGCGUUAAAUAUCAACAAUAUUUAUGAUUCUCUCACUCAGUAGCUACAUAAUGACGUUUGGCAAACUGUUUAACUUCCGUGGAACAAUCCCCUCAUAUGUAAAAUCAGGAGGUUGGACUACAUUGUAAGUGUCCUUUUGUUUCCACCUCUUCGUGACCGGGAUGUGGGUGAGGAAGGGGCAAAAAAGCGAUCCCGGUCUUGGCUUCUUCUUCAGGCAUGGGCCGGAGCUGACACCCCCACGGAAAACCGCACAGCGCCUCAACUCUUUCUCCAAGGGCUGAGGGAUCAAUGCACUUCCGCAUAGGCCUAGGGCCCCACGUUCCGCGAUCAGCGCCGGAAGCGCACACCAUGCUGGGAUUUGUAGUCCUCCACCUGCGGCCGGCGGGCGUUUAGAACGCGAAGUGUAGUUGGCAUUCUGGGAUACAUAGUUCCUGGGCGGGUGGGGGCGGAUUCGUUCGUGUAAUCUGUUUUCGGCUUAAAGAGCCAGAAGCGACACCACAGACUCCGGAAGGUCACAUGACUCCAGUCUAGCUCGCACUGCGGCUCCCGCCCGGGCGAGUUCUCGCCCCCGCGCGGCCGUUGCCGAGGAGACGGCGCAUGUCCCGCCGCGCGUUGCCCACUCUGCAGUCCCCCCGCCCCUCUUCUCCCACCACAAUGAGAUCCUAAGAUGGCGGUGGCUGCGGCGGUUGGUGCUGCGUAGCUGAGGUCGAAAAGGCGGCCACUGGGGCCAAGGCAGCCAGGAAACGUGUGGGCCUCUCUGCUGCGGUCUCCGAGGGCCGACCGCUGCUGGCGGCGGGUCGUGGGGGCUGACUGCCGCUCUGCCUUUGACAGGAGAGGCUCCUUCUUGUAGAGGAAACAGCUUUGAAGUGUGAAGCGGGAAAAGAGCAGUUCUGAGCUGCAAAAACUAGUUUCUAAACAGCUAGCACCCUUUGAACCUGUACAAUUCCACAGCUAGUGGAAAUCCAAAGUCUUCCACAAGAUUUUGCAGAAAUCUUAUUUUCUGAUGAUCAUCUCUGCCUUUGAACCUCUACUUCCACCAUUGCUGCUGCUUUUUCUCAUCUGUUUGACCCAGAGAGUUAAUUGUUAAAUCCAGUAUGGCCACAGGAGGAGGUCCCUUUGAAGAUGGCAUGAAUGAUCAGGAUUUACCAAACUGGAGUAAUGAGAAUGUUGAUGACAGGCUCAACAAUAUGGAUUGGGGUGCCCAACAGAAGAAAGCAAAUAGAUCAUCAGAAAAGAAUAAGAAAAAGUUUAGUGUAGAAAGUGAUAAAAGAGUAACUAAUGAUAUUUCUCCGGAGUCGUCACCAGGAGUUGGAAGGCGAAGAACAAAGACUCCACAUACGUUUCCACACAGUAGGUACAUGAGUCAGAUGUCUGUCCCAGAGCAGGCAGAAUUAGAGAAACUGAAACAGCGGAUAAACUUCAGUGAUUUAGAUCAGAGAAGCAUUGGAAGUGAUUCCCAAGGUAGAGCAACAGCUGCUAACAACAAACGUCAGCUUAGUGAAAACCGAAAGCCCUUCAACUUUUUGCCUAUGCAGAUUAAUACUAACAAGAGCAAAGAUGCAUCUACAAGUCCCCCAAACAGAGAAACGAUUGGAUCAGCACAGUGUAAAGAGUUGUUUGCUUCUGCUUUAAGUAAUGACCUCUUGCAAAACUGUCAGGUGUCUGAAGAAGAUGGGAGGGGAGAACCUGCAAUGGAGAGCAGCCAGAUUGUAAGCAGGCUUGUUCAAAUUCGCGAUUAUAUUACUAAAGCUAGUUCCAUGCGGGAAGAUCUUGUAGAGAAAAAUGAGAGAUCUGCUAAUGUUGAGCGCCUUACUCAUCUAAUAGAUCACCUUAAAGAACAAGAGAAGUCAUAUAUGAAAUUUCUUAAAAAAAUUCUUGCUAGAGAAAAUGAGGAGGAGGAUGUUCGGACUAUAGAUUCAGCUGUGGGAUCUGGUUCUGUAGCUGAGAGCACAUCGCUAAACAUAGAUGUGCAGUCUGAGGCUUCAGAUACCACGGAGGAGGCAUCUUUUAGUCUGAGAAUUUGGCCGUGCAUUGAAGACAAACUAGGGAAUUCAGCUUCACAAGAACAGGUUUCAGACAUUGACGUUACUACAAGUCCAAAAGGGAAAGGUGACAGACCUCAGAAUGACAGGGAACUGAGGCCUAAUAGGAAAUAUAGCCGAAAACGUGGAUUUCCCUCAAAGGCCAGAGAUCCUCAGCAGGAGCCUAUGGAAGAGAUAGAAAAUUUGAAGAAACAACAUGAUUUAUUAAAAAGAAUGUUACAACAACAGGAGCAACUAAGAGCUCUACAGGGACGGCAGGCUGCGCUUCUAGCUCUGCAACAUAAAGCAGAGCAAGCUAUUGCAGUGAUGGAUGAUUCUGUUGUUGCAGAAACUGCAGGUAGCUUAUCUGGCGUCAGUAUCACAUCUGAACUAAAUGAAGAAUUGAAUGACUUAAUUCAGCGUUUUCAUAAUCAGCUUCGUGAUUCUCAGGCUCCAGCUGUUCCAGACAAUAGAAGACAGGCAGAAAGUCUUUCAUUAACUAGGGAGGUUUCCCAGGGCAGGAAUCCAUCAGCUUCAGAACGUUUACCUGAUGAGAAAGUCCAACUUUUUAGCAAAAUGAGAGUGCUACAGGAAAAGAAACAAAAAAUGGACAAAUUGCUUGGAGAACUUCAUACACUUCGAGAUCAGCAUCUUAACAAUUCAUCAUCCUCUCCACAAAGGAGUGUCGAUCAGAGAAGUACUUCAGCUCCCUCUGCUCCUGUAGGCUUGGCACCGGUUGUCAAUGGAGAAUCCAAUAGCCUCACAUCAUCUGUUCCUUAUCCUACUGCUUCUCUAGUCUCUCAGAAUGAGAGUGAAAACGAAGUCCAUCUCAAUCCAUCUGAAAAACUCCAGAAGUUAAAUGAAGUUCGAAAGAGAUUAAAUGAACUAAGAGAAUUAGUUCAUUAUUAUGAACAAACAUCAGACAUGAUGACAGAUGCUGUGAAUGAAAACAGGAAAGAUGAAGAAACUGAAGAGUCAGAAUAUGAUUCUGAGCAUGAAAAUUCCGAGCCUGUUACUAACAUUCGAAAUCCACAAGUAGCUUCCACUUGGAAUGAAGUAAAUAGUCAUAGUAAUGCACAAUGUGUUUCUAAUAAUAGAGACGGGCGAACAGUUAAUUCUAAUUGUGAAAUUAACAACAGAUCUGUUGCCAACAUAAGGGCUCUAAAUGUGCCUCCUUCUUUAGCAGAUUGUCGAUAUAAUAGAGAAGGGGAACAGGAGAUUCAUGUUGCACAAGGUGAAGAUGAUGAGGAGGCGGAGGAAGAAGAAGCAGAAGAGGAGGGAGUCAGUGGAGCUUCAUUAUCUAGUCACAGGAGCAGUCUGGUUGAUGAGCAUCCAGAAGAUGCUGAAUUUGAACAGAAGAUCAACCGACUUAUGGCUGCAAAACAGAAACUUAGACAGUUACAAGAUCUUGUUGCUAUGGUACAGGAUGAUGAUGCAGCUCAAGGAGUUAUCUCUGCCAAUACAUCAAAUUUGGAUGAUUUCUACCCAGCCGAAGAAGACACCAAGCAAAAUUCAAAUAACACUAGAGGAAAUGCCAAUAAAACACAGAAAGAUACUGGAGUAAAUGAAAAGGCAAGAGAGAAAUUUUAUGAGGCUAAACUACAGCAGCAACAGAGAGAGCUAAAACAAUUGCAGGAAGAAAGAAAGAAACUGAUUGACAUUCAGGAGAAAAUUCAAGCAUUGCAAACGGCAUGCCCUGACUUACAGCUGUCAGCUGCUAGUGUGGGUAACUGUCCAACCAAAAAAUAUAUGCCAGCUGUUACUUCAACCCCAACUGUUAAUCAACACGAGACCAGUACAAGCAAAUCUGUUUUUGAGCCUGAAGAUUCUUCAAUAGUAGAUAAUGAGUUGUGGUCAGAAAUGAGAAGACAUGAAAUGUUGAGGGAAGAGCUGCGACAGAGAAGAAAGCAGCUUGAAGCUCUGAUGGCUGAACAUCAGAGGAGGCAAGGUCUAGCUGAAACUGCAUCUCCAGUGGCUGUGUCAUUGAGAAGUGAUGGAUCUGAGAACCUAUGUACUCCUCAGCAAAGUAGAACAGAAAAAACGAUGGCAACUUGGGGAGGGUCUACCCAGUGUGCACUAGAUGAAGAAGGAGAUGAAGACGGUUACCUUUCUGAAGGAAUUGUUCGGACAGAUGAAGAGGAGGAAGAAGAGCAAGAUGCCAGUUCCAAUGAUGACUUUUCUGUGUAUCCUUCUAACAGUGUGAAUCAUAACUCCUACAAUGGAAAGGAAACUAAAAAUAGGUGGAAGAACAAUUGCCCUUUUUCGGCAGAUGAAAAUUAUCGUCCUUUAGCCAAGACAAGGCAACAGAAUAUCAGCAUGCAACGGCAAGAAAACCUUCGUUGGGUGUCAGAGCUCUCUUAUGUAGAAGAGAAAGAACAAUGGCAAGAACAAAUCAAUCAGCUAAAGAAACAGCUUGAUUUUAGUGUCAGUAUUUGUCAGACUUUGAUGCAAGACCAGCAGACUCUGUCUUGUCUGCUACAAACUCUUCUCACGGGUCCUUACAGUGUUAUGCCCAGCAAUGUUGCAUCUCCUCAAGUACACUUCAUAAUGCACCAGUUGAACCAGUGCUAUACUCAGCUAACAUGGCAACAGAAUAAUGUUCAGAGGUUGAAACAAAUGCUAAAUGAACUUAUGCGCCAGCAAAAUCAGCAUCCAGAAAAACCUGGAGGCAAGGAAAGAGGCAGUAGUGCGUCGCACCCUCCUUCUCCCAGUUUAUUUUGUCCUUUCAGCUUUCCAACACAGCCUGUAAAUCUCUUCAAUAUACCUGGAUUUACUAACUUUUCAUCAUUUGCACCAGGUAUGAAUUUCAGCCCUUUAUUUCCUUCUAAUUUCGGAGAUUUUUCUCAGAAUAUCUCUACACCCAGUGAACAGCAGCAACCCUUAACCCAGAAUUCUUCAGGAAAAACAGAAUAUAUGGCUUUUCCAAAACCUUUUGAAAGCAGUUCCUCUAUUGGAGCAGAGAAACCAAGGAAUAAAAAACUGCCUGAAGAGGAGGUGGAAAGCAGUAGGACACCAUGGUUAUAUGAACAAGAAGGUGAAGUAGAGAAACCAUUUAUCAAGACUGGAUUUGCAGUGUCUGUAGAAAAAUCUACAAAUAGUAACCGCAAAAAUCAAUUAGAUACAAACGGAAGAAGACGCCAGUUUGAUGAAGAAUCACUGGAAAGCUUUAGCAGUAUGCCUGAUCCAGUAGAUCCAACAACAGUGACUAAAACAUUCAAGACAAGAAAAGCAUCUGCACAGGCCAGCCUGGCAUCUAAAGAUAAAACUCCCAAGUCAAAAAGUAAGAAGAGGAAUUCUACUCAGCUGAAAAGCAGAGUUAAAAACAUCAGGUAUGAAAGUGCCAGUAUGUCUAGCACAUGUGAACCUUGCAAAAGUAGGAACAGACAUUCAGCCCAGACUGAAGAGCCUGUUCAAGCAAAAGUAUUCAGCAGAAAGAAUCAUGAGCAACUGGAAAAAAUAAUAAAAUGUAAUAGGUCUACAGAAAUAUCUUCAGCACAUGCUAGGAGAAUACUACAGCAGUCUAACAGAAAUGCAUGCAAUGAAGCGCCAGAAACUGGGAGUGAUUUUUCCAUGUUUGAAGCUUUGCGAGAUACUAUUUAUUCUGAAGUAGCUACAUUAAUUUCUCAAAAUGAAUCUCGUCCACAUUUUCUUAUUGAACUCUUCCAUGAGCUUCAGCUACUAAACACAGACUACUUGAGACAGAGGGCUUUAUAUGCAUUGCAGGACAUAGUAUCCAGACAUAUUUCUGAGAGCCAUGAAAAAGGAGAAAAUGUAAAGUCAGUAAACUCUGGUACUUGGAUAGCAUCAAACUCAGAACUUACUCCUAGUGAAAGCCUUGCUACUACUGAUGAUGAAACUUUUGAGAAGAACUUUGAAAGAGAAGCACAUAAAAUAAGUGAGCAAAAUGAUGCUGAUAAUGUUAGUGUCCUGUCUGUAUCAUCAAAUUUUGAGCCUUUUGCAACAGAUGAUCUAGGUAACACUGUGAUUCACUUAGAUCAAGCAUUAGCCAGAAUGAGGGAAUAUGAGCGUAUGAAGACUGAGGCUGAAAGUAACUCAAAUAUGAGAUGCACCUGCAGGAUUAUUGAGGCUGGAGAUGGUGCUGGUGCAAGUACUACAGUUAAUGAUUUAGAAGAAACUCCCGUUAUUGAAAAUCAUAGUUCACAACAACCUGUAAGUGAAGUUUCUACCAUCCCAUGUCCUAGAAUUGAUACUCAGCAGCUGGACCGGCAAAUUAAAGCAAUUAUGAAAGAAGUCAUUCCUUUUUUGAAGGAUUUUUCUCAGGAGCACAUGGAUGAAGUAUGCUCCUCGCAGCUUCUGACUUCAGUAAGGCGCAUGGUUUUGACCCUUACCCAGCAAAAUGAUGAGAGCAAAGAGUUUGUAAAGUUCUUUCAUAAACAACUUGGAAGUAUAUUACAGGAUUCACUGGCAAAAUUUGCUGGCAGAAAACUGAAAGACUGUGGAGAAGAUCUUCUUGUAGAGAUAUCUGAAGUGUUGUUCAAUGAAUUGGCUUUCUUUAAGCUUAUGCAAGAUUUGGAUAAUAAUAGUAUAACUGUUAAACAGAGAUGCAAAAGGAAAAUAGAAGCAGCUGGAGUGAUACAGUCUUAUGCCAAAGAGGCUAAAAGGAUUCUUGAAGAUCAUGGCUCACCUGCUGGAGAAAUUGAUGAUGAAGACAAAGACAAGGAUGAAACUGAAACAGUUAAGCAGACUCAAACAUCUGAGGUGUAUGAUGGUCCCAAAAAUGUAAGAUCUGAUAUUUCUGAUCAAGAGGAAGAUGAAGAAAGUGAAGGAUGUCCAGUGUCUAUUAAUUUGUCUAAAGCUGAAACUCAGGCUUUAACUAAUUAUGGAAGUGGAGAAGAUGAAAAUGAGGAUGAAGAAAUGGAAGAAUUUGAAGAAGGCCCUGUGGAUGUCCAGACUUCCCUCCAGGCUAACACUGAAGCUACCGAAGAAAAUGAACAUGAUGAACAGGUCCUACAACGUGACUUUAAAAAGACAGCAGAAAGCAAAAAUGUCCCAUUGGAACAAGAAGCCACUAGUAAAAAUGACCAAGAUAACUCUCCUGUGAAACCCUGUUACCUCAAUAUCUUGGAAGAUGAGCAACCUUUAAAUAGUGCUGCCCAUAAGGACUCACCUGCUACUGUUGAUUCAACUCAACAGCCUAACCCUUUGCCGUUACGUUUACCUGAAAUGGAACCGUUAGUGCCUAGAGUCAAAGAAGUUAAAUCUGCUCAGGAAACUCCUGAAAGCUCUCUGGCUGGAAGUCCUGAUACUGAAUCUCCAGUGUUAGUGAAUGACUAUGAAGCAGAAUCUGGUAAUAUAAGUCAAAAGUCUGAUGAAGAAGAUUUUGUAAAAGUUGAAGAUUUACCACUGAAACUGACAAUAUAUUCAGAGGCAGAUCUAAGGAAGAAAAUGGUAGAAGAAGAACAGAAAAACCAUUUAUCUGGUGAAAUAUGUGAAAUGCAGACUGAAGAAUUAGCUGGAAAUUCUGAGAUACUAAAAGAACCUGAAACGGUGGGAGCCCAGAGUGUAUGAGAUGUCUUCAGAGGCUCAUCUAACUCUGUCCUUACAUACUCAAUGCAUAUAUGAAAACAAUACUAAAUAAACAUCUGAUCUGUAUAAAAAUGUAAAUUAGUUUGACACUGCUUUAUUGAUAGGUGUGGUCAUUUCUCCCCAUGGUAGUUUAAAACAUCAGAAACUGAAUUCUGGACAGAUUUAAGCCUUGACACACUGUGUUUUUUUUGGGUUUUUUUUUUCCCCUUCUUUUUUUGGGUCUUGAUUUUUUUCCCCAUUGUGAUGUUUGGUAACGAAUUUAAAAUGUAGUUUUAAAUAAAGUUUGGACUUAUCUAUAAAGUAUCUUUUUUGGAAAUUAUGUUGAAUUCUAUACAGCAAGUCAAUGUUUUGUGUAACUUUAGGCUGCUCAGAGAAGAGCAAUGGUUAAGAGUUAGAGAAAUAUAUUAUUUGUUAUAAAGCCCAUCCAUUAGGCCAGUCUUCCAAAUAAUGCCAGUGUUGCUGCUGUUGGGUCUGAUGUUCUUUUAGAUACCUGCAGGUCCUAUUCCUGUGCAAGAAUAGGGCAGAUUAUCAAGGUAUCCAGGAUACCUAUGAAGUUAUUAUAGAAUAUUUAUUAAUCCAUUGAAAUUGGAUAAUAAGUUUAGAACAUAGGUUCUCAGUAUCUAGAACUUAACUUACAUCAUUAUCUGUUUGUUAGGAUUUGAAAUUCUGGAAAAUAUUUAUCUACAUCGCCUCAGACUAAAAGUAAAAAAAAGAAGCUUUAUAUAAUUAGGGAGAUUUCUGCACAGAGAAGUAACAUUGUGGUUAAUUUUAAAUGAAAAACUUAACUUUUUCAAGUGGGGAUAAAUACAACUAAAUUUCUGUAAUAAAAUAGUAAGAUUCUAUAUGCCUUCAGAUAAAACCUGCCUAUUGAGAUGGUAAUUUAAAGCCAAAGCAUAGCAGUUUCUUUUGUGUGUAGUGAGGUUGAAGCAGAUUUGCAGGUGAAGUAUUGAAAGUUUAUGUGACUUUAAGUCAGCUUUUGAAAAGUGAUUUACUUUUUAUCCCAAACUGUCCAUAUACCCAGUAAGCCUUCAGAAAACCAGUCAACAAUGAGUAAGUCAACCUUAUAGAUUCUUCCUCAAAUAAAAUACGAAGAAUUAGUUCCAAUAAGUAUUUUAACUUUGUUAACAACUGAAAUACCCCAUAAAAAAAGAACUUGUUGAGAGUAUUCCUUUAAAAUUGUUACUUGCUGCCCAGGUGCCAUGGCUCACUCCUGUAAUCCCAGCAUCUUGGGAGGCCAAGGCGGGCAGAUCAUGAGGUCAAAAGAUCGAGACUAUCCUGCCCAACAUGGUGAAACCCCGUCUCUACUAAAAAUAAAAAAUUAGCUGGGAGAGGCGGCACGUGCCUCUAGUCCUAGCUACUUGGGAGGCUGAGGCAGGAGAAUAGCCUGAACCCGGGAGGUGGAGGUUGCAGGUUGCAGUGAGCCGAGAUCAUGCCACUGCACUCCAGCCUGGCUACAGAGUGAGACUCUGUCUCAAAAAAAAAAAAAAUGUUAACUUGCUGUAUACCUCAGUGUAAUGUCCAUUCAAGGAGUAUUAAAUGAGGAUUUCCCUACGAGGACAUUUACUGUAUUGCUACUUAAAUUAUGGAAGACAGUGUAUCUUCAACUUUAAUAAAACCUAUUCAGAAAACUACCAAUUCAGAAUUCGGAGUUCUUAUCCAGGUGCUCUAACUUCAGGGAAAUUGGAACAAUAAGUUAUGUUACAUGCACACUCAAAUUCUUUAUUUUCUCGACUUUAAGCAGGAAAGGGUAAAAACUGUUUUGGUACUCAAGCCAAGCCUUACAUACUGUCUCUCUCUCUCUGCAUGCAUAUUAAAGUGGAAAAAUUGUAUUUAUAUCUUAGUUAUUACCAUAGUACCUACGAACCUUAUCAAAAUUGCUUAUUUGACUUGUGUUACAGCUGCUAUUAAUCUAAGUCUAUUGUUUUUCUAUUUUAGUAGAUAAUUUAGUUUUAAAAUAUCUAGAGUUUGAGAGCAGAUAUAUUUAUUUAAUCUGUUUUCUCUAGUAACGGUUGCUGAAGGGUUAGGCAUUCAGUAUUCCUAUUUGUCCUAAUUUUGAAGUUAAAAAUUUUGGUUACAGAGAGAGGGAGAAAAGGUCAAAAUGAGUGAGAGAGAACUUUAUGCAGGUUGAGAUAAUGCCUAAAAUAAUGAGCUGGCCAGAGUGUGGAGGUACUCUUUGUAUUUUGUAACGUUGACUUUGGGUAAAUGCUUUUUCACUGUUAAUAAAUAUAUAUCCUGUAUACAA